CUGGAGAUCGGCCUGCAUGCGGGCAAGAGCAUUAGCACCGUGUGUCGUCGCCCGUUUCGCUCAGCUUCCCGACAUUGCUGCAUUCCUAUCGGUUGCAUAUCGCUCCUGUUCGCUGCCCAAACAACGACCUCACCGAUCGUUUUCCACGUCCCACACUGCGAGAAUGCGGUAUUAUCUCCAGAUCCUAUCGACGAACACAGUGGACAGUAGUCCCGCUGUCCUUCUUCACUUUGACUCGCAACGUUAUUUGUUUAACUGCGGCGAGGGAACUCAGCGCUUUUGUCAUGAGCACAAGGUCAGGUUGGCCAAAGUCAAGAAUAUCUUCCUCACGCGUGUGGCUUGGGAUUGUGUGGGUGGUUUGCCGGGCAUGCUCCUCACCCUUGCUGACGCGGGUAGUUCCUCAAUGCGACUGAAUGGGCCGAAUAAUCUUACCCACUUUAUGGCCGCCACUAGGCACUUCAUCUAUAGACAAUCUUUGGAUCUGAGCACAUUUGAGUUCCACGAAACCAAAGGAGAGCCAUUUCAGGACGAAAAUAUCACAGUCCACCCAGUUUAUCUUGCACCUGAACCAAUCGUGUCACCAGAAACACAGAACGCCGCAACGAACGGUCCGGAUGUGAUCACUUUCAGCAGGAAACGGAAGAACGAGAGUCAAAAUGAUCAUUUGAUUUGCAAGAGAGCCUUUCUCAGACGUAUGUUUCCGGUGGACCAAGGGUAUCAUCCUCUAAGUGAUCACACUGGAACGGAGAUCACCGACGUGACGAUACCUGCUGGCGAAGGGGAAACGGCUACGGUAGUAGCAAUGGAAGACAUAAAGGAUUCGAAUGAGGAUGAGGUGGUUGUUCCAAGAACCGAAAUCGGACGGCUUGGGUCUGCUCGAUUACCGCGGACAGAGCCUGACCACGUCGUCUUGUCCUACAUUUGCCGUGGGCCAAAUGUUCCUGGCAAAUUUAACCCGGUCGCUGCCCAGAAACUCGGAGUGAAACCUGGAAAGGAUUUUGGAAUCCUUGCCGGGGGACAAACUGUUACAACCGCAGACGGGACUGUGGUAUAUCCACAUAUGUGCAUGGGGGAGCCUCGGCCAGGGGCGAUAUUCGUCAUAAUCGAUUGCCCCUCUCCAGCAUAUAUCAAUGCCCUUGUAAACUCACCUGAAUUUGCACCCUUCUACGAUACGACAAACGGAAAUCAUGUUCGAUGCGUAGUCCACAUAACCGGGGAUGGGGUCUUGUCAGAUCCCCGCUAUGUGGAAUGGAUGAACAAGUUUGGGCAUCAGACACGGCAUUUUAUUAUCAGCCGUCGUCAUAAUCCAAUGGGAAUAAGCUACCUUGCUGCGGGGAACCUUCAGCACAAAUUGAAUGUUUUGGACGCGGAGGUAUUUCCUCUCCCGUAUUUUACGAAUGACCCUGAGGAGGAUUUGAGAACAAUAAUGGAUCUUCCGAAAGGAGCGGUAAUGGCCACACCAUUGACAAAUUAUAUAAUAGAGCCUGCGCCGAAAGUAGAUAAUUCGGAGGCACUGCGACCGUUUUUAAGAGAAGAAGUUUCAGGCCUGGCGGAACCUGAUUUAAUCUCGUGCAUCAAGAAGGACAUUGAGAGACGUCAUGCCACCUCGUCUGUGGUUCCCCCAGAGAAAGAUGUUACAAUCAUUCCUUUGGGAACCGGUGCCGCUAUCCCAGGCAAAUACCGAAAUGUAAGCUCAACCUUUCUCAUGCUAUCUUCUGGCAACGUGCUGCUCGAUGCGGGUGAAGGCACGCUUGGACAGCUCUUCCGUCACUUUGGACCAGAUAUGAUGAAAGAAGCUCUCCGAAAUCUGCGGAUGAUUUUCGUAUCGCACCUCCAUGCAGAUCACCAUUUAGGCGUAGUACGCAUAUUGAAGUAUUGGGAUGAGGUCAGAGAUUCACGCAAUCCGCAACCGCUGAUUAUUGUUGCACCAGCCAGAUACCAGAUCUGGUUGGAAGAAUAUGCUGACUGCGAGGAAUUUGGGUUGAAACAUGUGUUAUUCCUUAAUGCGGAGGAUGUGCGAUGGAAUGCAUCCGGUACAGAUGGAAGAGACGAAGACGUCGAGAAGACGACCACAAUAAACACCUUGAAAAAGACACUACACCUCAAGGACAUCCACACGGUAGGCGUACACCAUUGCCCAUGGGCCUACGCGCUCGUAUUAGACACGGAAGCCGCAGGCAAAGUGGUCUUUUCCGGUGACUGCCGUCCGUCUGAGGACUUGGUCAAUGCAGGACGGGGAGCCAGUGUGGUUAUUCAUGAGGCGACCUUGGAGGAUGACAAGGUGGAAGAAGCGCUGGAAAAGCGACAUUGCACAACGGGAGAAGCUAUCCAGGUGGCCAAAAGCAUGGAGGCCCAGAACUUGCUCUUGACGCAUUUCUCACAACGAUACCCGAAAAUUCCCAUACUUCCCAAUGACGUGGACGAUGACCUUACUCAGGUCAAAGUUGGUAUCGCGUACGACCUGAUGCGGGCGAAGCUCAGCAGCUUUUGGCGGUUGCCCCUCCUAGUACCGGGAUUACGCGCACUAUUCCCCCAGGACGACAAUGAUGGUGUGAACAGGUGAUGAGAUGAAGAUGCACACUCACUCAUUGCUCGGAACCGAUCUGGCGUAAUAUAAUUCUAUUUACAAUAGUCUAUCUAAUUUUUUUAGCAACUAGUACCAUAUUUCGUGGGGAGUCAACAUGGUCGAAGAGUGGGAAUAACAUGACACUUAAGUGCAUUGGACUUUGACAUGUCGCGUUAUCAUAUUCUCCAUUGUAUCUUUGCCCGUCGCCCUCAGCCUCCAUUAAGUUUCUCGAUUUUGCAUCGACAUACACAUCGCGCUCACCCGUCAUUUCUACAAUGGAUAAAAAACGAUCCACCAGUAUCAAGCUCUCAAUUGCUUCUGCG